GUGGGCUUACGUUUUAUCAAAACGUUAUGUAGACGUCACUUCAAUUCCAUUCCAUUCCCAGGCUAGUCUGUGUAAAUUUAAGCAAAUAAGCUAUUUGAUAGAAGUAAUACCAAAAAUACGUCCGCAUAUUUCCUAAGUGAACAUAGCUACAACAUUUACUGAUUAACUCCUAGUUAUUUGGCUUUGACGGUUUCGUGAUCGUGCACGGUCUGCCAUUGUGCAUUUUGGCGCUCGCUUUCUCGCACGGCGAGGCAAACAAGCAAGUCGUUUGGGGAGGGGAAACGAAAAGCCCAGCAACAGCGUCAAGAAAACGAACCAGUAAACCGCUAAAGCUAGCACGGGUUUUAUUUCAAACUUUCCAUUUCCAAGUUGGGACGUGCCCCUUGUUCACUCAUUUGAGGUACCGCUACCAAAUCAUGGGAAAGAAGACUCGUGAAAAUGAUGAUGAUGCCUCGGGCUCAUCUUCAGAAGAGGAAGAAUUUAUUGUGGAGAAGGUGCUGGACAGAAGGACGGUGAAGGGCCGAGUUGAAUUCUUCCUUAAGUGGAAAGGUUAUUCAGAAAAACACAACACAUGGGAGCCAGAGAAGAAUCUCGGCUGCCCCGAGCUCAUUGCUGAGUUUAUGAAGACUUACAAGAAGCCUAGCGGCGGUGCCACCCCCAGCAGCGGAGGAGCCAAGUCCAGUGCAGGUUCAUCAGGCCGUAGCAAGGAAGGCAGCAGCAAGAGGAGAAACUCUGACGAUGACGAGGAGGGGAGCAGCAAUAAGCCCAAACGGAAAAAAGAGGAUGACGUCCUGAUUGCGAGAGGCUUUGAGAGAGGUCUGGAACCAGAGAAGAUUAUUGGAGCCACAGACUCCUGUGGAGACCUCAUGUUCCUCAUGAAGUGGAAGGACUCUGAUGAGGCAGAUCUGGUGCUGGCCAAGGAGGCCAAUCACAAGUGCCCGCAGAUCGUCAUAGCUUUCUACGAAGAGCGCCUCACCUGGCAUGAAGACGGGGAUAAGAAGGAGAAGGGCGCUGUGAGCAUGUAAGCCGGAAGUGUCGUCACAGGAAUGGUCACUGACCCCCCCCCCCCCCCCCCUGCAGGGAUGACCUGGAGACACUCAUAUAGCCAGUACCUAAUCGCACCCUAUUCCUCUCCUUGGCCUUAACACUUUUUUUAUGAUAGCCUUUUUUCUUUUCUCUUUUAUGGCUUGGGUAGGUGUAGGUAGUGGAGUGGUAUAUUUUCCACCACAUUGCUUCUACCUUUACAGCUCUGACAACAGUGAAGAGUUAAGGCAACAUGGAGGAUUUGAGUGCGAUUUGGGACUGAAAGCCCCCCCCCUGCUAAUGACCAUAACAAAAACCACACAAACCAACGAUGGACGACACUGCCCACUUCUUCAUGAUACCUCCCUCUGUGCCCCAGUGUACAGGUUAAUGUCCCUGAAUAACAAAGAGCCCAAUCUAGCCAUUUUACACACAAACUGAGAAGGAUGAGGGAAGACUGUGGGUUUUGGAGGUGGUGAAACAGGCUGGCUGCGCUCGCUACUGGGGACGGCUUGUAGUUCCUCUUGCUUUAUUCCCUUUCUGUAUUUUUGUGUAAGUACGAUUCUUGAUUCUGUGGUACCCUGUCUAGGUACUGGCAGCCAUCUUAUGGUGACUUGAAGGUAGUCGUCUUAACUAAUAGGUAACAUUAAAAUGGCCACGUCUAUGAAAGUAUGGUCCAGUGCCCUGUAUGAAAUUCCCGCCUACUUCCUGAAUCAUGUACUUGCAGUUUUUGAAUGCGAUUCAAGAGUAAAUCAUGAAAGCGUUUUUUUUUUUUUUUGUUAUAUUUUUAUUGAACCUUUAUUUAACUAGGCAAGUCAGCUAGGAACAAAUGCUUAUUUACAAUGACGGCCUGCCCCGGCCAAACCCUAACACGGACGACGUUGGGCCAAUUGUGCGCCGCCAUCCUACGCAUAUAUUUGUUUACGUGGAUUCAUUUACUUCUACCUUCAUGAAAGCCAUCAGUUCGGAGUAAAUGAAUCUACUAAUAUGAUUUUACAUGUAUCUUUAAGCCCCUUUUCAUGAAUUUGAUGUACUCUGGAAUCCCAUUCAAAAACGGUAUGGGACAUGAUCCAUAGCGGAAGUAGGGGGGACUUUCAUAGAGCGUUCACAAAUCGAGCGUCUCAGAGUAGGAGAGCUGAUCCACCUGUCCGUAUAUUCUUUUUCAUUGUUAUCUAAAAGGUCCACACAAAAAAAACUGAUCCUAGAUCGGGCACUCUGGUGGAAACUUUGAAUACGAGACCUCGACAUGUUUGCCCUGGGAAGAUGACAGUCUUCCAAGUCUUAUCAAACCUCGACAAUAACAGUAGUUAUGCUGUAGAUAAAAUAGAUUUAUCGUACUGCGAUCACCUUGGUAGAAAAUCUCUCCUGCUUAUUUUUUUUGUUCAGUAGUUUUAGUCCACCUUUUGAUGUUUUAAGGUCAAUAUUGUCCCCUCCAAGUACUUCAUGUCUCGUUUUAUUUCUCACUAGUACUGUGGCUGGACUAAGUUUUGAAUGACCUAAAUUUUUAAUAUUUGAACUCUUUUGUCGGCUUCUGUUAUGUAGCUGUUCUGUAGGUCAAGUAAUCAUGUAGCUCUGAUUCCAUUGCUAAGAUCAUGAACAUAUUUAGUCGGAGUAGCUGCUUUUUCCUAACUUGGAAUUGGAUUCUUCCGAUUACCCUUUAUUACCCAGACAAUUUUAUCACCACAAUGAGCACAAUGAAGCAAAUAUUACAGAUGCACAGACGGGCCACUUCAAAAGUUGUACCCAAUGUUUCAAACCAUCUUUAUUUGCAAAUGUGAAUGAUAUUAUCACUGCAGUGCUGAUUUGGAACCCGGCCCUUGGAUCAGAAGUCAGUUGACAAUCAGCAUGCCACAUGCUCUGCAGUAGAAAGUGACACCAUACAAGCAUACUGCUUGAUUUGAUCAAGGUAUGCCACCCUGGGGCUAAAUGGCUCGGGCCAACGUGUCCUGCCCAGUCCCCUGCGUGAGAGAAUGGGAUAAGGCAGAUCGGGGCUUACCUCCAGACAGUGUUCCUUCUUGGGAAUGCUUAUUGAUCUAUUUGAACAUUUUAAAAAUCCCCCGUCAAUGAUUUUUGAUUUAUUUUGGGUAUUAAGUGGUUAAAUCCACACCACCUACAGAGUAUUUGUUCCACUUGUAGAAAGAUCAUUUGUCCUGACCUGAAUUUCUAGUUUUAUCAUCCCUGUUAAUGCUAAAUACUGAAUGUUUUGGGACGAUGUUAUCCACAUCAUUGACUUCAUAUUACAGGUUUGUUUUAACUACCUAUUCUGUCCAUUUUGGCUUUCCACCCCUUGUGUUGAAUGUAGUAAUGAGAGCAUUGAGUUUGUGUUCAAUGAUAUAUCCAAAUGUGUGGUAAAAGAGCAAGGUUGUUUAGUCACAGAAUAGAGGCAAAGUAUUCCAGUAUAUUUGUAGCCUAUACCAUUGAGUUGGUGAUGGACAGAGUGCUAUUGCUAUGUAUUGUGAUCAAAUAUUCUCGUAUUCAAUUUGUGAUGUUUUCCCACUCAAAAAAAAUAACACUUUAAGGAGCAACUGAGUCCUGAGUUCUCUUGUCACUGUAGUAAUAGAAACAAGUGAAAGAUUACUUGGAUAUCCUUCUCUCUUCAGAACCAUCUCUAUUUAGGACAAAUGUAACGGUUGUCUGUUUUUCAUUUUUUUAUUUAUAUUUACUCAAAAGAUUUUCAUUUGUAGUCCAUUUGUAGUCCAUUUUUGACCAUUUUUUUUUUCAAAGUGUUCCACGUUUUGGUGUAUCUCACCAAUUUUUUUUUUUUUAAAUGCUCUGAAAUUUGGGUUUUUAUAUGUAUUGUAGUAAACUGUUUUCAACAUUCAA